UGACAUUAUGCAUAGCCCUGGAUAGGGGCUUGCUGACAUCAACUCUGCUGGCCUCCGUUCAGAAGAGUAAACAAAAGACAAUCAGUGUUGAGUUUGGCAUAACUAGCAAGUUCACAAAACUGCCAAAUCCUUCUCAGUGUAUUCAUCCAAUUAAUCCCCUUGAUUUAGGAGAUUUACUUAAAAAAAAAAUGAAUUCUGGAAGCUCUGCGCUUACCAUGAGCAGCCCUGCCUUAAUAAACCAAUGUGCCAGAGGAGGAAUGGAGGAAGAAAAGGUUUGGCCAAAACAACAGCAACAGAACAAUUUUUCCUUGUUUCCUUCUACUAAAGGCUGGAAUUUCAGAGGGAAGAAACGAAAACAGAGUACUCAAGAUGAAGAUACCAUCAGUAUCUGCAGCUUGGAUACAAGCGAACCCAGUAACAAGCGGGUCAAGCCUCUUUCUAGAGUUACAUCACUAGCAAAUCUUAUUCCUCCUGUACGAGCCACUCCAUUGAAGCGGUUCAGCCAGACUCUUCAGCGUUCUAUCAGUUUCCGCAGCGACAGUCGCCCAGAUCUGUUCAGUCCAAGGCCAUGGUCUCGAAAUACGCCUGCUGCUAACACCAAACGGAGAGACAGCAAACUGUGGAGUGAGACCUUUGAUGUUUGUGUCAAUCAUAUGCUGACAUCUAAAGAAAUCAAGCGUCAAGAGGCUAUAUUUGAACUGUCCAAGGGAGAAGAAGACUUAAUAGAAGAUCUGAAGUUAGCAAAAAAGGCUUAUCAUGACCCCAUGCUUAAACUUUCCAUAAUGACAGAGCAAGAGUUGAACCAAAUUUUUGGAACGCUGGACUCUCUAAUUCCUUUACAUGAAGAUCUUCUCAGGCGACUUCAAGAAGUCAGGAAAUCUGAUGGAUCAACAGAACACGUUGGCCAUAUCCUUGUGGGCUGGCUUCCAUGCUUAAACUCCUAUGAUAGCUACUGCAGCAAUCAGGUAGCAGCCAAAGCCUUAUUGGAUCACAAGAAACAAGAUCACAGAGUGCAGGAUUUCCUGCAGCGCUGCUUAGAGUCGCCUUUUAGUCGCAAACUGGACCUUUGGAAUUUCCUUGACAUCCCAAGAAGCCGUUUGGUUAAAUAUCCAUUACUGCUCAGAGAGAUUUUGAGACACACACCAAAUGAUCAUCCAGAUCAACAGCACCUUGAAGAAGCUAUUAACAUAAUUCAGGGAAUAGUGGCUGAAAUCAAUGUGAAGACUGGUGAAUCUGAGUGCCAAUACUACAAAGAAAGACUUAUUUAUCUUGAAGAAGGACAAAGGGAUUCACUGAUUGAUAAUUCACGUGUUCUGUGUUGUCAUGGUGAACUGAAGAACAACAGAGGAGUGAAACUGCAUGUCUUCCUCUUUCAAGAAGUCUUAGUAAUUACUCGAGCUAUCACCCAUAAUGAACAGCUCUGCUACCAGCUGUAUCGGCAGCCAAUUCCAGUGAUGGAUCUUGUGCUAGAAGACUUGCAAGAUGGCGAGGUUCGAUUGGGUGGAUCCAUACGUGGUGCAUUUAGCAACAAUGAGAGAAUCAAAAACUUCUUUAGAGUCAGCUUCAAAAAUGGAUCUCAAAGCCAGUCUCACUCACUGCAAGCCAAUGACUCCUUCAACAAGCAGCAGUGGCUUAAUUGCAUCCGACAGGCCAAAGAAAAAGUUGCGUGUGCAGGAAAAGCUGGAGUGCUGAGCUCAGAAGCGUGUUUUAUUUUGUCACCAAAUGGAAGCAGGGUACCCCAGGGAGAAACCGUGAUUGAGCAAAUGGACCAAUCUGACAGUGAGUCAGACUGUAGUAUGGACACCAGUGAGAUCAGCAUCGACUGUGAACGUAUGGAACAGACAAACCCUUGUGAAAAUGAAAAACAAAUAGAAACCAAUGUUUGACACAAACUUAUUCAUGGAACAAAACCUGUGUCUUACCUGUACAGUAUUUGCAUUCCACACAUGGAACCAUUUGGAGAAGCACUUUUAAAAUAUUUUUUGUCAUGUUGUCAAUGCAGUCCUUCUUGUAUAGUACUUGUAUGUGUCUAGUACUGUAACUGCCAGUUUGUGUAAGCUGGAAUCUUCUGCAACUCAUGCCCCGUCAUUAUACUUCACAAACAUCUAAUAUGGAUGAAAAAGGUACUUGACCAGUUAUUCUCAAUGUCCUGCUGUAAACAAAAUCUCUAAACUACUGCUUAUAAGCGCAUUACAUAAAGAAUCUUCCAUAAUUUUAAAGUACUUUAUUUGCCCUUUAAUGGGGCAGCUGAAGAUGUGGACUAGUUAAUAUUGAGUUUCAGGAAUGCGUAUUGAGAUCAUAGGUUUUCACAAAAACCUGGAAGUUAAAAACGGUUCAGUGUAAAAAAAAAUAAGUUACUGCAAGAUGUUUCUAUCUGACCUCUUGUGGUUUUAAAUCAACAAAAACUGCAGUGGGCCGUGUAAUCGGUGACUUCUUAAGGACUGAUGUUUCAAAAUGAAGCACUGAACAAGGAUCCAUCAGUUAACUGGUGGAAUAAACAUUAAAAUCUGGUAAGUUGAAAUGGUCAACAUCAUGCUAUGGCUUAAGUAUCAAAGCACAUCAAAAAAUAAUCACGUAAACAACAAAACCAAACCUCCACAGCCAGCACUGAAUUAAAUGAAAUGCUGAGAAUACUGGAUAUUUGUAAAUAAGUUGGUAGUUUGCUCUCAGUGCCAUAUAUCUGUAUAUGUACUUGUACCUAUUCUCUCAAAUAGGGUAAGAAUGAAAAAGCUUUUGCUUGUGAAUAAGCCCUCUUCAGUGUUUUGCACUCCACUGACCUCCACUGUUGGUUUUGAACACCACUAAUGUUAAAAACAUUUAAGUUUCUGUAAAUGUCUGUUUACAAUUACAUGUAGUUAUUGCUGGUUUUUAUAUAUUUUUCUUAAACUAAGUGACAAUUUUAUAUAAAUGGUGCUCUACAAAUGUCCUGUGGGAUUACGUAGAGAAAGUUCAAACAUAAAGAGAAUUGAUUUACGUUUAGGAUAUAUUCCAUCCUUUAUAUUUUUGUCAAAUUUAUUUUUAAAUGUUUUGUUGCAUUUACUCUCAUGCUGUAAUUGGAAAUGAUACUGUGUUUUUUGGUGGCUGAUUUAAUCUACUCAUUAUGAUGAGAAACAGAUGAGUCACUUAAAAAUGCAGUCUAAAACACUCAGUUGAACAUCCUGUUAUUAUUCAGGAAUCCCUGGGUAAUAUUUUAUUUCUUAGUGUAAGAAAUAAUGCCAGUGCUGAAUGGUAGUAUGGCAAGCUAUGAAACUUAUAAGAAAUUUAAAUGAUCCUUAAUAUAAAAACCUGGGCAAAGUACCAUCAAAAGUAGAAAAACUAAGUUAUUGCCAAAAAUGUUUAUUUCUUGUCCUGCAGGUUUACAGAAAAUUGUAAAUGUCAAUUAUCUUGCAUAUAUAUACUGAUGUGCAUUGCAGAAACCAGUGUGACAAGAUUAUAAACAAUAUAAAACAAGGUAUUUUUAUUUUUCCAAAAGAGUCUGACUGACCCGAUAGAACGUGUUUCUGUAUUUAUACUUUUUUUCAAAAAAUGUAUUUUUAUUUCUGUUUCAGGCUUUGUAAUUUAUUUCAACUGCUUCACUUUUAGAGCUGAAUGAGUCUGACAGUGAAGGCAAGGGAAAGGGAAAACAGAAGAAAAGGAGUAGAAAAGCUUAUUAGAUGGUAAACCAUGUUCAUAAAAAUUAUUCAGCAAAAUGUUUGAGAAGAGAGAAAGUCAAGGAAAGGGAUCAAAUGCAGAAGGAAAGAUUGAAUGUGUGUAUUGACUUCUUCUUUUCUAUAUAUUUUUGUUUCAUAAUAGCCUUAAACUUUUCUGGAAGCAUUUCAAAUAAAUUACAUUAAAGCAUUUUGAUUUUUUUUCA